UCUUGAAAGUACACAAGGCCUUGGUGUUUUAAUCAAAAAUUAGGUCAAGUGCAUUGUUUGCGCAACACAGUGACCUAAAAAGUUGUAAAAUCUAUAUCAAUGUGAAAGAAAUUGGCUAGAAACGGGCAAGACAAAAACAUAUGCACACGAAUAGUGCAGUUGACACAGUUUUAGAGCUACUGGGAAAGCCAAAGAAAAUAAAUAAAAAGGAACUGAUAUUUUUUAGUGUAUUUUUAACAUCAACCCAAAAUGAGUCAGUCUUGUAUACCCGUCAGCGCAAAGAUGUCGAAGGCAAAGAAAGUUUUAGAUGAAGCACGAGAAACCCAAAACCGGGAGUUGGAUCUGGUGGACAAGGGGCUGUCAUCCUUCGAGGAGUUGCCCGGGUUGUUCAACAUGUCCAAUAUCACUCGACUGACCCUGUCCCACAACAAGAUCAGUGUAAUUAGUCCCGGAAUCGCGAACCUGUUGAAUCUGGAGAUCCUCAACCUUUCGAAUAACCAGCUGACGGAAUUGCCCGUUUCACUGUCGUCAAUGCCCAAGUUGCGAAUCCUCAAUGUGUCCAUCAACCGAUUGAUUAAUCUUCCUCGGGGCUUUGGAGCCUUUCCCGUGCUGGAAGUCCUGGACCUGUCGUACAACAAUCUGAACGAGCAGGUGCUGCCUGGAAACUUCUUCGGAAUGGAGACAUUGCGCGCUUUAUAUUUGGGCGACAAUGACUUUGAGUAUAUCCCGAAGGAGGUGGGCCAGCUAAAGAAUCUUCAAAUCCUUGGACUCCGGGACAACGAUCUCCUGGAGCUUCCCCGUGAAGUUGGAGACUUGGCGCGACUCCGGGAGCUACACAUUCAGAACAAUAGGCUGCAAGUCCUGCCCCCAGAAAUUGCCCAGCUCGACCUGCUGAGCAACAAGUCGGUGAUGAAGAUGGAGGAGAAUCCCUGGGUCAAUCCCAUUGCCGAGCAAUACCUGCUAGGCAUCAGUCACGUGAUUGACUACCUCAAGACGGAGACGUAUAAAAUCAUCUACAACCGUCAUUUGCAGGCUGGACGUAGUGGUCCUCCGCCGCCCAAAGCCGACAAGAGCAAGAAGGCCUCAAGAAUUCGCGCAUAGUUGUCUUCAGUCAGAGGAUCCCCCCGAAAGAAUGUGUUCGUCUCGUUCGUUGUUAACCAAAACCGUUUUUGUAUACUAAUUUAUAAGUAUUUGUAAACUAAUGUGUAUUUUCGCAAAAGUGCCUUGACUCUUUUUCUCACUAAUUAAAAUCAAAGAAUGAAA